AAGAAGAGGGUCAAGUCAUUGCCGUCGUGUCCGCCGGAAGUGUGGGAAGCGGUGCUGUUAGAGGGCUAUAACAUACAGAUCGGGAGCGAUGUGUGGCAGUUGGCAAUGAUGGUCUACGUGUGUCUCACCACUCGCUUUCCAUGGGAUAAGGCAGACAUAACUGAUCCGAAAUUCACCGAAUUUGUUGAGUGGCAGAAACGCAAGACUACCCGAACUCCCAAAGAGUUCAGAGUAUUCUCUCCACGACUUCUGCGGCUUAUGAGACGACUGAUGGAGUUGAAGCCAAUGAAACGCUAUCCGGUCACUGAAGUGAACAAAUAUCUGAGGGAUCGAUGGCUCGUCCAUAAGUCUCAACGCGCCUCAUCAGUGCACUCACAUGGCGAUUUCAAUGGCAGUCAUGUGACCCGAAGCCUAUCGUGUAGUCAUGUAUUACAUCCUCACCAUCGGUCUGAUGAAUGGAUGGCAUCGAAGAGCAAAGACGAUCACAGUUUAUAUACAAAUUGAAUAAAUUAUUUAUUUUCACAAUA